AUGACAGAUAAUUACACCGACAACGAAUUGCGUUUCAAAAAUGCACGUGGGAAGGAUUUCAAAAUAAUUUUGCCAUCGAAUGUGAAUCCGGAGAAAGCUAUGAGCAAACUGCUCUAUUCUUAUUUGGAAGCUAGCUCGAAGAUUUAUGUAAACCGUCUCAGCCUCUAUGGAAUGAGUUGGUUAUCACUGCCGGCAGAUUUAAUUUUUCGAAUCAAUGAGUUGAGAUGUAGUCUCAGCUAUAUCGAUGAAUUCCUGGCUAACAUAGAUCAAAGUAGUUUUCCUUUGAAAAAACUCCGUGCUGCAAUCGAUACACCCAAUCAUUUGAAUCAUUCAGUUUUGACAUCUGCAAAGGAACUCAUCGUUGUAGACGGAUUUGACGGAGCCCCACAAUUAAUCAAUGAAAACAACACGAACAAAAGUGUGACAUUUGAAAUGUCUAGUUUUUGUACCCCAGAUCUUGUAAGUUUGGUAAACAACUGGAAGGACAAUGGAAAAGAAAUAGGGACUACGUUCAAGUUUUUUAACUACGAUUCUGUAAUUCUAGACGAUAAGAAUUAUAUUGUCGUGGAAGUGGUUCCAAUAACUUUGAAAAGAGAAACUGAUGCUACUGAAGAGCCAUGUUGCAGUAAGAAGCCAAGACAAUCAUGA